AUGAGUUCAGACGAGAUCUUUGACGAAAAGAAGAGCGUCUUCAUCACCAGUCGGCCGAUUGAUGGUGACUACAGUGAUACGAAAAAGGAAAGCAGCGAGUCGAUUGAUGAUGCCGACAAGGAGAGAAUCCUCCUGCGUAUCAAGGAAUUGACCAAAACCUAUUGGGAAGACAACAACUCUAUCGAUCCUGUAACCCAGUUUCUCUAUGAUGUUGUAGUUGAUAUGGAGGUUGAGAAAGGAAUUCAGAUUCUCCAGGAAACCUAUGCGAAUCACUUCGACGACGUCAAUUUCCCCUCAGAUGAUCUUGAGUAUGUUCGAAUCCUCUCGCUAGGAUAUGAGCAUUUCCAGGGUGACCUUGCGACCUAUGAGCUGGACGUCAAAGUCAUGGCUGCCCUCAUUGAUUCUCACUCUCCCUAUCCUGAAGUCAGAGCUGUUUGUGAUCCGUUUGAUGAUCCGACAAUUCCAGUUGAGACAUUUCGAGUUUACGUUCUCGGCAUUGUCUGGGUUGGUAUCGGCUCGUUUGUUAAUGAGUUCUUCCAGCAACGACAGCCUUCUUUGACAAUCUCGUCCACGGCUAUCCAGUUGUUGCUUUACCCGUGUGGAAAGCUAUGGGCCAAGAUCGUUCCGGACUGGGGCUUCACGUUUCGUGGAACUCGCGUUAGCCUCAAUCCUGGUCCAUGGACAAACAAAGAACAGAUGCUUGCAACUUUGAUGGUUAAUAUUGGCGCGACAAGCUUGAAUUUUGCCGCAUAUGUCAUUGUUAUGCGUCUCGAGAUGUUUUUCAACCUAGAGUGGGUUUCGUUCGGCUUUAUGUUUGUUAUGAACCUGUCAUCGCUAUUCUUCGGCUUUGGUCUGGCGGGUAUGAUGCGCCGAUGGGUCAUCUACCCGGUCAAAACGGUGUGGCCUACUGUUCUUCCGACUUUGGCGCUCAAUCGUGCGCUUCUGGUGCCUGAGAUGCGAAGCAAUAUUCACGGGUGGACCAUCUCAAAGUACAAAUUCUUUUUCAUUGUCUUGAUUGCCGCAUUCUUCUAUUUCUUCAUUCCGGAUUAUUUGUUCAAGGCUUUGAGUUACUUCAACUGGAUGACUUGGAUCGCUCCCCAGAACAAGACAUUGGCGAUUGUUACUGGCUCUUAUAUCGGCCUUGGAUUCAAUCCGAUUACGACUUUUGAUUGGUCUAUCAUCAAUUACACGGUCCCGUUGACCGUUCCAUUCUUCUCUCUGGUCAACAGAUAUAUCGGCAGUCUUAUCGGAGCGUUUUUGAUGCUUGGGUUCUACUGGAAGAACUAUAAAUGGACCGCCUAUAUGCCAAUCAACUCUGCAACACUAUACGAUAAUCUUGGCAAGACAUACAAUACAAGUCGGGUUUCCAGCAAUCUUCAGCUAGAUGAGGAGGCAUAUUUGAACUACUCCCCGCCUUACAUUUCUGCCGGAAAUUUGCUACUUAAUGGCUCGCUUUUUACUCUAUAUGUUCUUGCGUUUACCUACGUGCUGUUGACGGAACAUCGCUUGCUCUGGAAUGCGGUCAAGAGCUUCUGGGUCACGAUCCGUCACCCAGGAGCCUCCACUAUGUCAAACUUCAAUGACCCGCAUACCAGGAUGAUGCGAAAAUACAAAGAGGUUCCCGAUUGGUGGUAUCUUUCUGUUUUGGUGGGAUCGUUUGUACUGGGUGUUAUCGCUGUGAAGUGCUGGCCUACAGACACUCCUGUCUACGGAAUUGUUGUUAUUGCGCUUCUCAGUAUUGCCAUGAUUAUCCCCAGUACACUGGUGUACUCAAUUACUGGCUACGAACUCAAUGUCUAUUACUUUGCGGUGGUUAUUACUGGGUAUAUGUGCAAAGGAAAUGGAAUGGCCAAUAUGCUCUGCAGAUUGUACGGCAACAAUAUCGAUGUUCAGGGAGAGUCUUUCAUUUCUGACCAGAAAAUGGGACAUUACGUGAAGCUUCCACCAAGAGCAGUGUUCCGGGCCCAGAUGAUUGCUGUCUUUAUUCAGGGCUGUAUCACGAUCGGUGUCGUUCAGUUCUGUAUGGACUCGAUCGUGGACUUUUGCAGCAAUACUCAGGUCGACAAGUUCACCUGCACGUUCCCUCAUCAGCUCUAUUCUCAGACGAUUAUGUAUGGUAUUAUUGGUCCAGAGAGAAUGUUUUUCACGCUCUAUCCUGUGUUGAAGUACUGCUUUUUGAUCGGCUUUUUGAUUGCGAUCCCGGCAUAUAUUCUGAAGAUCUACUUCCCAAAGGUCAUGAUGUACGCGCAGCCUAUUCUCGUUGUCAACGGACUCAGCAGAUGGGGUGCUACUUACAAUAUGUCGCAUUAUACUCCUGGACUGAUCGCCGGCUUUGUAUUCAACAGGUACAUCAAGCAUCGUUAUGUCAAAUGGUGGACCAAGUACAACUAUGUGUUGACCUCUGCACUAUCAGCUGGCGUUGCGUUUGGAGGUAUCAUCAUCUUCCUGACUUUGCAGUACACAAACACUUCGGUCAAAUGGUGGGGAAAUAGGGUAUAUGCUGCUGGAGUCGAUUAUGCAAAGAACGCGACGUUGUUGGAUGUUCCAGAAAAUGGAUUUGGUCUGAAAGUGGGCGAGUUCCGAUAA